AGGGAGCGCCCGCCCGCCCGGGGCCGGGCAUGUGCGGCGGGGCGACGGGCAGGGCGCCCGGACAAGGGCGUUUGAAGGAAACGUGAGGCGAGGCGGCGGCGGCGGGAUGGAGGCGGCGCCGCGGAGAAGCCCCGAGCCGCGGGAGAAGCCGCCGGUGCUGGACGGGGAGGCGGCGGGGGCGCCCGCGGGGGCGUCGGGCGCGGCCCCGGCCUCGCCGGCGGCGGCGGAGCAGAUCGUGGCGGAGGGCGAGGCGGCGGCGGCGGGCACGUUCGUGCAGCGGCAGCUCGGGGCGAUGCUGCAGCCCGCCGUGAACAAGUUCUCGCUGCGCAUGUUCGGCAGCCACCGGGCCGUGGAGAUCGAGCGGCAGAGGGUGAAGUCGGCGGGCGCCUGGAUUAUCCAUCCCUACAGCGACUUCAGGUUUUACUGGGACCUCAUCAUGCUGCUCCUGAUGGUGGGCAAUUUGAUCAUCCUGCCCGUGGGCAUCACCUUCUUCAAGGACGAGAACACCCCUCCCUGGAUCGUUUUCAACGUGCUUUCGGACACUUUCUUCUUGGCUGACCUGGUGCUGAACUUCCGGACAGGCAUCGUGGUGGAGGACAACACGGAGAUCAUCCUUGACCCUCACACCAUCAAAAUGAAGUACCUGAAGAGCUGGUUCCUGGUCGACUUCAUCUCCUCCAUCCCUGUCGACUACAUUUUCCUCAUCGUCGACCUGGAGACGCAGGUGGACUCUGAUGUCUACAAGACGGCGCGGGCCCUGCGCAUCGUGCGCUUCACCAAGAUCCUCAGCCUGCUGCGCCUGCUGCGCCUCUCGCGCCUCAUCCGCUACAUCCACCAGUGGGAGGAGAUCUUCCACAUGACGUACGACCUGGCCAGCGCCGUGGUGAGGAUCUUCAACCUCAUCGGGAUGAUGCUGCUGCUGUGCCACUGGGAUGGCUGCCUGCAGUUCCUGGUGCCCAUGCUGCAGGACUUCCCUGAGGACUGCUGGGUCUCCAAGAACCACAUGGUGAACAACUCGUGGGGCAAGCAGUACUCCCACGCCCUGUUCAAGGCCAUGAGCCACAUGCUGUGCAUCGGCUACGGGCAGCAGGCGCCCGAGGGCAUGACCGACGUGUGGCUCACCAUGCUCAGCAUGAUCGUGGGGGCCACCUGCUACGCCAUGUUCAUCGGCCACGCCACCGCCCUCAUCCAGUCCCUGGACUCGUCCCGGCGCCAGUACCAGGAGAAGUACAAGCAGGUGGAGCAGUACAUGUCAUUCCACAAGCUGCCUGGGGACACGCGCCAGCGCAUCCACGAGUACUACGAGCACCGCUACCAGGGCAAGAUGUUUGACGAGGAGAACAUCCUGGGGGAGCUCAGCGAGCCCCUCAAAGAGGAAAUCAUCAACUUCAACUGCCGCAACCUGGUGGCCAACAUGCCCCUGUUUGCCAACGCUGACCCCAACUUUGUGACAGCCAUGCUGACCAAGCUGCGCUUCGAGGUCUUCCAGCCUGGGGACUUCAUCAUCCGCGAGGGCACCGUGGGCAAAAAGAUGUACUUCAUCCAGCACGGGGUGGUCAGCAUCCUCACCAAGGGCAACAAGGAGACAAAGCUGUCUGAUGGCUCCUACUUUGGGGAGAUCUGCCUCCUGACGCGGGGCAGGCGCACGGCCAGCGUGAGAGCCGACACCUACUGCCGCCUGUACUCCCUGUCCGUGGACAACUUCAACGAGGUGCUGGAGGAGUACCCCAUGAUGCGCAGGGCCUUCGAGACCGUGGCCAUGGACCGCCUGGACCGCAUAGGGAAGAAGAACUCCAUCCUGCUCCGCAAGAGAGCCGAGCACAGCUCGGGACCCCUGAACAACGAGAUGAUCCAGCAGAUCGUGAAGCACGACCAGGACAUGGCCCACAACAUCCAGGACCUGCAGCAGAUGGCGAUGGGCAGGGAGCUGAGCGGCAAGCCGGUGAUUUGGGAGCCUCUGGUGCACGCCCCGCUGCAAACAGCCGCCGCCACCACCAACGUGGCCAUCGCGCUGACCCACCAGCACAGCCUGCAGGCUCACAUCUUCCUGCCGCCCUCCUCCAUCUCCAGCCCGCUCUCUCCCGAAGCCACCCUGCUCACCAAGCCGGUGCGCCGCUCCCAGCCCAGCCUGGGGGGCUCCCGGCCCUCCUCCGUGAGCUCUCCCUCCGGGGCUCCGUCCCACCUGCACACGCCGGCCGCCGGUUCGCCUUCCUCGCCCAUGGUCCAGCCCCAGGCGCCGCUGGAGAGCGGGGGCCAGAGACCCAGCCCGGGGGCGCAGCCCCUGCCCCGCACUGCGCAGAGGGGGGAGAUGCCAGCGGGGCCCAAGCAGCCCCCGGGCGGCCCCCAGCCCCAGCUCUCCCGGUCCCGCGGCGCCUCGCUCUCCACCUCGCUGCUGCAGCAAGCGGCGGGCGCUGCGUCCCCCAGCUCGGAGCAGGCGCUGCCGCCGGGGAGAACGCUCCACUACAGCCUGUCCCGAGCCACCGGCUCCCACAUCUCGCUCCUGAUGCAUCCCCAGCAGCUGGUGAAGCACAGGAGCAUCCAGGGGCUGCCGGUGGGGCGGCUCACGCAGGAUGUCCGGCUCCUCUCUGCCUCCCAGCCCUCCCUUCCCAACAAAGUGGCCCAGCAAGCCGACGGCAGCUCCUUGAAGCAGGGCAGGAAAUCUGCAGGGAACCUGGCCCGCAGGUCCUCGCCCUCGGUAGCCGGACUGCUGGCCAAGCCGUGUGCGGGGAUGCCCGGCCAGCCCGCACACCCUUCGGGAGCGCUGGCUCAGCCCGGCCGCUCCGCGGGAGCGCCCACGCCCCAGUCCCCGGGCUCCGCGUCCAGGCAGGCGGCAGGUCCCUCCCGCAAGGGCUCCGUGGCCUUCAGCCCCGAGGUGGAAACGGCGAAGCCCAAACUCCCGUCCAACAUGUGAGUCCUGUCGGCAGCCGCGCGGGCAGGAGGGAGCCGGGCAUCCCGGCGGCGCAGGAGGCGGGGAAGCAGAGCACCAGCCCCGCCGUGCGGGAGGGAAAAUGAGGUGAGAGGCACCAGCCGGGGCCGUGGAGGGGCUGUUUGAGGCACGGGGACACGGCAGGGAUGGGCAUGCGCCAGCCCCAGAGCUGGCCCAGCUGGAUGAGGAGGGGGGCUCUGCUGACUGCCCCAAGGGGGUCACCCUGCCCGGGCUCUGCCCUCCUGGCUCAUCACCAUCUGUGAGUUCUGCCCUCCUGCCGGAGGCACAGGACAGGUCAGAGCCCUCGCCCAAACUCUGGCCUCUCUGGGGAGCUCAGCUCCCCACAACUGCCCCUCGGGGGCUGGGCCCCCCACGCUCUGUGCCGCGUGUCCCACAGCCUGUCCUCGGGGCAGGCUGACGCUGGCAGCUCCUCCAGCUCGUCCUCUGUCACAGCAGGGGCUGCCCGAUGCCCACCUCGAUCCCCAGACUGCUCUGCCCAGCCCCUUUGCCUUUAGGGUGAGGAGGCAGAGGCACCCCCCGGGUCCUCUGCCCGGGUGGAGGGAGGAGGCUGGAGCCCGUGGCAGGGGCAUGGCGGUCCGGGGUCAGCACUGCCCCUUCCCAGAGUGCCAGGACCACCAGGGCUCCUCUGGUGUGACGAGUGCCUAGGGGCAGCGCUGGGGGGCAGAGGAGCAGCCCCCCAGUCCCUCUCCCCAGCUUGUGGGACCGUUUUGCCUCAGAGGUGCUGAGUGCCAGUGAGGUUGGGAUGUGCUGCUGGGCAGGGCUCUGCCCCACACCCGGGCACUGUGCCCCUCCACGGGCCCCCAUGGGGGCAGCCUGGGGGGAUUCUGCUGCCUGCAGCUCCAGGAGGAUGCUCAGAGAGUCAGUCCAAGGGGACCCCCCUGUGGCUCCAGGAUGAUGUCCAGAAAAUCAUUUGGGAUGACCCUUCUGUGGCUCCAGGAGGAUGCUCAGAGGGUCACUCCAAGGGGACCCCACUGCCUGUGGCUCCAGGAGGAUGCUCAGCCCGGGCUCUGCUCCCCUGCCCUGCGCUGCAGUCCCAUUCCCAGGUCACCUGGAGAUGCCAGUCACCGGUGCCACAGGAACAAAAGGCUGCCACAAUGAGAUGCCAAUCCCGGGCAGCGCCUGGGUGACGUGUGGGGCUGUGGGGUCACCCCCCCGUCCAACAGGAGCCCGGGGUCCCCACAGAUGCCCCACUCCCCCCCCUCCAGAGACAGUAGUGUGCAAUGUGUGUGCGAGUCGUGGCUCUGCCAAGCAGCCGAGCUCUGCUUCCAGUGUCGCUUUGGGCCAGCCAUGUUCAGUCCUGGUUAGAGUAGCGUCCCCUCCGUCCCCACCGCGCUGCGCCAGCUGCUUCCCACUCCCGGAGUCAGGAACCCCGGCUUGUCUUCGAGCUCUGGGGCUGAGCGGGACCCCGCCGGACCCCCCAGAGCAGCGGGCGAGGUCUCGUUCCCCGCGGUCCUUCCCGAAGUGAGGUGUCCCGUUCUCCACCCUCGUGUUUUGGGGCGUCGGGAGCAGUGCGGAGCUGCUCUGGGAGCACCAGCCCACCAGGAAUCCCGGCAGUGCCUGCCAGAGGGGAUAUCCUGCACUGCCUUUUCCCAUGGAUUUCAACCGCCCUGCCCUGCUCACCCCCUCGUCCCGCUCCAUCCCCGCGCUCGGUGCGUCCCCGUCGGGCGGGGACCUGCAGCGGAGCCGCGCUGUCCCAAGUCCCCGGGCUGUGUUCACACUGCGUGAUGUCAAUGUCUUAGCGGUCACCCCAGCGCCCCGCAGAGCGUGCGGGCCGGCUCGGACAGCACCGAGCUGCCACCGCCCGGCCCCGUGUCGGGAGCCAGAGCCACCCUGCGCUCCUGUCCCCGCCGCCGUGGCACCUCGUGGCCCGCUGCCCACCCCGUGGCCCGCUGCCCACCCCGUGGCCCGGUGCCCACCCCGUGGCCCGGUGCCCACCUCGUGGCCCGGUGCCCACCCCGUGGCCCGGUGCCCACCCCGGGGGAGGCUGGAGGGGCUGGGGGUGCGCGGGCGCAAGUUUAGCCACCAAAGACCAUGAUCCUCCACUCUUGCACUCACGGCAGUCCAUGUACAGAGCUUGUAGUUUUCAUAUCGCAGAGAAUUUAAGAGCGUUUUUUUAUUUUUUGGUCCUUGUACAUAACGGAUUUAAAUAAUAAAGAGAGAUUCUGA